AUGUCAUCGGCCCUCGUAAAAAGCCCACGGAAUUUCCCCGUCCAUUCCGAGCCUGCCUACGGUAGUCCCCCACCAAAUAAAAAAGAAGAAAUCGCGGAGCCCAGAAGCAAAUGGUGGCCAAGGAAAUUGGCCCCGUUAAAGGACCGCCACGACAUUUUUGGCUUCCCUCUCCGCACCCGUCUCGAAGACGACGACCUACCGUCGCCACAAGAGUACUGA